CCACAGUCGGUAACAUUCCGUCACACGAUAAUGUUACUGCCUCACAGUUUGGAUAGGAAAGUAUGUGUCAAGCAGCGUUAUGCAGCAGUCGCAUGAAAGAAGCGCGACUACUCUUGAGGAUAUUCGUGUUGCACUCUAGCUAAAGGAUUUGUUUAAUCGAUAAAACUUCAAGGAAAUUAUCAUGUUCACUGUCAUAACAAGAUUUGGCAUAAUCUCAAGACUAUCGUGUGGCUUACAUGACAAAUUCUUGACUGGACGACUUGUAUCACAGUUUAAUAAAUGUAGCAGCUACGUUGGAGGUUAUGUCAAUCAUAACUUAACGCGAUUUUUAAGGAAUAAUUACAGAAAAUCGUGUCGAUUUUCCAUACGGAGUUUUAGUUCGAACUCUGAUUCACCGUACUCGACAAAAUUCGAACUUGACUCUGUGCAAUAUGAGAAAAUCUGUAAUGAGACGUUAGACUCAUUAACUGAGUAUUUUGAGGAAUUGAUUGAAGCAGCGGCUCAUCUGUCAGAUGCUGAUGUGUUUUACGGAGACGGUGUGCUGACUGUCAAGUUUGGUGACACACAUGGUACUUAUGUUAUAAACCGCCAAACACCAAACAAGCAGAUUUGGCUGUCCUCUCCAAAAUCUGGUCCUAAACGUUAUGAUUUUAUGAAUGGUCAAUGGAUAUAUAAGCAUGAUGGCAAAACGAUACAUGAAUUACUCAACAAUGAGAUACCAGCAAUUGUAAGGAAUCAAGUGUGCUUUGCCAAGUGUUCCUACAGUGGCAAAGAGAAGCAAGCUGUGAUAGACAGUCUUUCUCCUCGAAAUUAAUAUCGACGGAGAUUUAAUUAUGAUAUA